AUGAAAUUCUCAUCUGUCGCUAUAGUAUCUUUGGCUGCUAUGUCCUCUCUAGCUGCUGCUAAGGACAAAAAAACUGAAGUUACCACUACUAAGUCUACUACUUCUACUCCUUACAGCAGUACUCACAAGUAUGGUAAGUUCAACAAGACUCCAAAGUCUCACACUACCCAAACUGGUACUCACAAGUACGGUAAGUUCAACAAGACUCCAAAGUCUCACACCACCCAAACUGGUACCCACAAGUACGGUAAGUUCAACAAGACUCCAAAGUCUCACACCACCCAAACUGGUACCCACAAGUACGGUAAAUUUAACAAGACUCCAAAGUCUCACACCACCCAAACUGGUACUCACAAGUACGGUAAGUUCAACAAGACUCCAAAGUCUCAUACUACUAACACUGGUACUCAUAGAUACGGUAGAUUUGACCAUACCGUUGGUCACGUCAAGAAGACCAAGACUCCAGAAAACAAGGCUGCUGAAAACGCUGCCAUUGGUAGUUUCGGUUCCUACAGAGCUGUCGGUUUGACUGCUGGUGGUGCUAUGAUUGCCGGUGCUUUGAUGCUAUUAUAA